AUGUCCAGUAAAAAGGAACAGGAAAAAUUGCAACUGCUGCGAGACGAAGAUAAUAAAUAUUGCGUAGACUGUGACGCCAAAGGUCCUCGUUGGGCGUCCUGGAACAUUGGCGUGUUUCUGUGUAUUCGAUGUGCCGGUAUACACAGAAACCUUGGCGUUCAUAUUUCCAAAGUUAAAUCAGUUAACCUGGAUGCCUGGACUUUACCGCAGCUCGCGAUGAUGCGGGAAAUGGGCAACAGUCGUGCUCGUGCUAUUUACGAGGCAAGACUGCCGGACAACUUUCGAAGACCACAAUCCGAUUCAGCCUUGGAAACUUUUAUCCGGUCUAAGUACGAACAGAAAAGAUAUAUUGCGGCGGAAUACGUUCCCAUAAAACCGGAUUUAGAUGCGUUGUUGAAAGUACGUUUAUUUUUCGGAAAACAAAAUAAAACCGCCUUAUUUUCUAAUCCAAUAAAUUGGCUUCUGAAAAGCGUAAAACUGAGCCUUAUACCAGCACCGCAAAGUAAUCGUUCGUUUAAGGUUCUAUCACUCAGAACCGGGUAA